CGUCACGGCCGCCGCACCCGGAAAAGGAAAGGAAGGGGGUGCGGCGCGGCGCGGCGUGGCUGGGUCGCGCGUGCUGCGUGGCCGGGCGCUGGCGGGGAGAGAGGCUGACGGGCAGCGGCCGAUUUUUCUUUCCCCUUUGGUAAAAAGAAACUGCAAUGGAGAGUACAGUGUUGGUCAAGUUCCUUCUAUCGUUUUUCAUACUACUGUGUGAAAUUUAUCAUCAUGGAGUGGAGAUGGUUACUGUUGUGCAUACGAUGGAGAGAACUUUUCCAGAAAAGGCAGCUGGUGUUAAUAUUGAUUUGGCAGGAUUAAUACAGAAGUUUCACCUUCAAGAACUCUUUCAUCGUUAUGGAGAAAACAACUCGCUGUCAAUUGAUGGGUUUAGAAAACUGCUCGAGAACAUAGGUAUAGAUAAAAUGAAAAUAAUUAAAAUAGACCAUGAUCAUGACCAUGACCAUGAUCAUGAUCACGAUCAUCACCAUCAUAAUCAUGUGCCGUCGAGUAAAAUCUCCGAGAAGACUGUUUGUCCAAACCACGAAUCGGAUGCUAACAAAGACCACAGGAACAGUCACUCAAAGGAACCUCAUAAAAUACAAAAUGCAGAACAUCAGCAGAACUUUGUACGCAGCAAGAACGCGGUUAGUGAAAGAACGGCACCCUUCAUCACUGCUGCCACAGGUGGCCACUCUGAGUUACAGAAUGUGCAGCCUGGAGAAGUCAAGCCUGCUGCUCGUCUAGGUCUGUCCAGUCCUAAUGCCAUUAAUGUCACAGGUGGCAGCAAUGCAAGUUCCCCUGCAAACAGCAAAGCAAAUGAAUCUCAUGCUUCUCUGAAGGAAUUGGAAAAAGGGAGUUACCUGUAUUCUAAACUGAAAAACCAAAAUACACAAGAGUGCUCCAGUGCGUCAAAACUGAUGCAGUCCCAUGGAAUAGGCACUCAAGUGUUGUUGACUGCUACGGAAUUUAGUUACCUCUGUCCAGCUCUUAUUAAUCAGAUUGAUGGCAAAUACUGCAUAGUCCAUGCAACUAGUGAAAAAGCUGAAACUCCUCCAAAAAGUUACUCUCUGCAAAUAGCUUGGAUUGGUGGCUUUAUAUCCAUCUCCAUCAUUAGUUUUCUUUCCUUGCUGGGUGUUAUAUUGGUACCACUGAUGAAUCGAGUGUUUUUCAAAUUUCUUCUAAGUUUUCUUGUGGCAUUGGCUGUGGGGACUUUGAGUGGAGAUGCUUUCUUACACCUCCUUCCUCAUUCUCAUGGCAACCAUCACCAUCACCACGAAAAAACUCUGCUUGAACAAAACAAAAGCUCUAUGUUCAGACAUCUUGCUUCUCAAAGUGUAGAGGAGAGUGCCAAUCUGGAUUCUACAUGGAAGGGACUUACAGCACUUGGAGGCUUGUACUUCAUGUUUCUAGUGGAGCAUUUGAUCACUUUAAUAAAGCAGUUUAAAGACAAGAAGAAAAAGAAAAAAAAUGAAGAUGAUGGAGAAAACAAGAAGUUUUCCACGAAUGAAGAAAAGUUAGACACAGAUGAUCGGCCUGAGGGCUACCUAGGGACAGACUCUCAAGAUCCAUCAACAUUCAUUUCUCAGCAGCCAACUGUACAAGAAGAAGAAGAAGUGAUGAUAGCUCAUUCUCAUCAAGAGGAGGUUGAAAAUGAAUAUGUGUCCCGGGGCUGUAGAAACAAAUGUCACUCUCACUUGCAUGAUACUCUAGGACAGACAGAUCAUCUUAGUCAUCAUCACCAUGACUACCAUCAUAUUCUACAUCACCAUCAUCAUCAGAACCAUCAUCCCCACAGUCACAGUCAGCGCUACUCACGUGAAGAACUGAAGGAUGCGGGGAUAGCAACUCUGGCAUGGAUGGUGAUUAUGGGAGAUGGACUACAUAAUUUUAGUGAUGGCCUAGCAAUUGGAGCAGCUUUUACCGAAGGGUUAUCUAGUGGUUUAAGCACUUCUGUGGCUGUGUUUUGCCAUGAAUUACCUCAUGAGCUAGGAGAUUUUGCUGUACUUCUAAAAGCUGGUAUGACUGUCAAGCAAGCUGUGCUUUAUAAUGCUCUGUCAGCUAUGCUGGCCUACCUUGGGAUGGCAACUGGGAUUCUCAUCGGUCAUUAUGCAGACAAUGUUUCCAUGUGGAUAUUUGCACUUACAGCUGGCUUGUUCAUGUAUGUGGCUCUUGUGGAUAUGGUGCCUGAGAUGCUCCACAAUGAUGCCAGUGAUCAUGGAUGUAGCCGCUGGGGAUACUUCCUGUUACAGAAUGCUGGGAUUCUGCUGGGUUUUGGAAUAAUGCUGCUUAUCUCCGUAUUUGAACAUAAGAUUGUUUUCAGCAUAAACUUGUAAUCCUGGUUGCCAGGAAGAGAGUUUGGUGUUAAAUUAUAAGCGGUAGGUUUUUUUUCUGUUAAAUUCCCUAGUGGAGAGGUACGGUUGAUAUAGAUUAGAUAUUUUUAUUGUUGUGCUGUUGUUAUCCCUUCUCCCCCUGACAGAAACAAACACUGUAAGGUUGGGUUUUUGUUUGUUUGUUUGGGUUUUGUUUGUGUUUGUUUUUUUUUUAAUGUAGGAUUUAGCAUUGCAUGUGGUACUGUGGAAAGCUGUACUUAGUAAAACAUGGUGAAAGUACCGAAGCUAUUAAAGCAGUAUUGGCUGCAGGGCUAAGGUUUGUGUUUUGGUUUGGUUUUUAGUAAAUUUAUUUCCUGUAUGUAAUUAUAUGUAACUUUUUUACUUUGGGGUUUUGUUGGUUUAAAGUAGUAAAAUGACAGUAGUUUUUAUUCUAGCACAAUCAAAAUCAGUGGACACAAAGCACAGUGAGCAGUGUAAAACAAGAGAAAGACAUGUAAUGUGUAGUGUGUGUUUAUACUGGUAGAAACUUAUCUCUUCUGCAUCCACCUAGUUUACACGGAGUGGCAGAUGAGUCCACUCCAUCUUUUUUGCGGUGGUGGUUCUCUCAGUAGCUUGUGGGUUCUUUGUAUCUUAUUCUAGCUGGUUUCUACUCCAAACCAAAUGUUUACUUGUUCCAUCCCUUCUGAUCUGAGCUGCUUUUCACAGGUCUUAGGCUGUAAAAGCAUAGCUCUGGCUCCAGUGUAUGUGAAUUACAUCAAAAAGACUUCAAGUAGUGCCAUAUCCCACUUAACGCUGCCUGAAAUGGCAAAGGUAUAUUAAAGUCUGAUAUCAAGGGGAGGAGUGCUACAGGCUGAGACAAACAGUCAUUUACUACAACAGCUUCCUUACCUAAAUCAUUGAUUUUCUUUGGGAAAUAGCUUGAGCUGAGUGGGAGAGCUGACGAUUUCUAGCUCAGUGUGAUUGCACACAAACCUGUGCUUGCAAAACAAUUAUGGUCUUUUCAACAACUAAAGCUGAGAAAUCGAAAAUAGCAAAAUUUCUUUGAGAGCAUAUAUAGGGAAGCAGCAUGUCAAAGAUAAUUGUAAGUGUAUACAUAAGUAUGUAGUUUGAGCUUACAGACUUAAUGUUUUAACAAGUGGUGUCCCUCAGGGAUCGGUGUUGGGACCGGUCCUGUUCAACAUCUUUGUCGGCGACAUGGACAGUGGGAUGGAGUGCGCCCUCAGCAAGUUUGCCGAUGACACCAAGCUGUGUGGUUCGGUUGAUACGCUGGAGGGAAGGGAUGCCAUCCAGAGGGACCUUGACAUGCUUGUGAGGUGGGCCGAUGCCAACCUUAUGAAGUUUAACCAAGCCAAGUGUAAGGUUCUACACCUGGGUUGGGGCAAUCCCAGGUACAGCUACAGGUUGGGCAGAGAAGAGAUUCUGAGCAGCCCUGCAGAGAAGGACUUGGGGGUGUUGGUUGACGAGAAGCUUAACAUGAGCUGGCAGUGCGCGCUUGCAGCCCAGAAAGCCAACCGUAUCCUGGGCUGCAUCAAAAGAAGCGUGACCAGCAGGUGGAAGGAGGUGAUCCUGCCCCUCUACUCUGCUCUUGUGAGACCUCACUUGGUGUACUGUGUAUGGUUCUGGUGUCCUCAACAUAAAAAGGACAUGGAGCUGUUGGAGCGAGUCCAGAGGAGGGCCAUGAGGAUGAUAAGAGGGCUGGAGCACCUCCUGUAUAGAAGACAGGCUGAGAGAGUUGGGGCUGUUAAGCCUGGAGAAGAGAAGGCUGCGUGGAGACCUCAGAGCAGCCUUCCAGUAUCUGAAGGGGGUCUAUAAGGAUGCUGGGGAGGGACUCUUCCUUAGGGACUGUAGUGGUAGGACAAGGGGUAAUGGGUUCAAACUUAAACAGGGGAAGUUUAGAUUAGAUAUAAGGAAGAAGUUCUUUACAGUGAGGGUGGUGAGGCACUGGAAUGGGUUGCCCAGGGAGGUUGUGGGUGCUCCAUGCCUGGCAGUGUUCAAGGCCAGAUUGGACAGAGCCUUGGACCGCAUGGUUUAGGGCAAGGUGUGUCUGCCCAUGGCAGGGGCGUUGGAACUAGAUGAUCUUAAGGUCCUUUCCAACCCUUAUGAUUCUAUGAUUCUAAUUACCCUGAAAGUAAGUGAAGGAAGGAGAAGGAUUAAAAAGGCAAUGGCAAAAUAAAUAAAUUCUGCAUUUGCAGAGAGGUGAACUCUGGUGCUGGGCUUUCAUCUGUUUAAUAAGAACACUGACAAAAUACAGGUGCAUUCCCUACCUUCAUCAAGCACUUUACAUUUUAAUGUCUUCUGUGCUGUUGCAUUUUGAUUAAGCUUCUGGGCUCUUUUUUAGAAGCACAGCUUUGAACAGAGGAGUUGUGCCAUGGUACAGUAGCCCUCUGCUAUGUUUCUAUAGCAUCUCCUUGAUCACCCACCCGGUGUUCUUUUUACUCUUAUAGCAAUAGUAUUCUAGUGUUCCUGAGCUUAAAUUAGUAGUAACUGUGAGUAUGAUGAAAAUGAAAAUAUAUAUAUAUCUUUAGCCAUUGCUUCUGUAUCUUCUAUGCUCUUAAACUGUUAAUUUGAACUCCAAAGAGAAAGUAACUUAUAUUUUUUUUUUUGUCUAAACUCUUAUGAUACUUCUGCCUUUACAUUGUGCUAUGUUCAUUUCUUGACUUUGUUGUAGCUAAACUCUGCCUAAAACAUACCUGCUGAUCUUCAUCUUUCCUUUGCUACCUCUAGUGCUUGAAUACCAUAAUCUUUGGCUCAUCAAAAGCUGUUUUGUUUCUGAUGUGCACAUCACUGCUUUCUUUAGAAAAACAAGUAAGCUCAAACCAACCGCACUGACCACCAUGCUGACACAGAUACAUACACAAAGCGUGUCAAAAUGGAAUUUUUCAUACCUUAACUACUGCAUUUUUCUAUACUGGUCUCCUGUCCUGGCAGUCCCACCUCAUUCCAGAUCUCUUACAAUGUGGCUGGUUUUCUUCUUGGAGGCCUCUUCCUGAUGUCUCUUCAUUGCAGAUGAAUGUGUUGCCCUUUGGAGUGGUCUGAUUUGGCCCUGACCUGUCUAAAUGAGUCUCACCUUUGCUGGCAUCAUGGUGCUGGUCUCCGUCGGAGCUCAUGUGCCUCAGUUCAUGUUCCAGUGCUGGUCGUCAUGAGCAAGAUACAUUCCUGGGCAAAAAAAUCAUCAAGUGAGACUUUUCCCCCUCUUUCUUUCCAAACCUCUCAUCGCAGCUCUGUUCUGCUGAGAUGUAGUGUCUGAGGUGCAACCUCACUGCAUCCUAGUGGGUUUUGCAGGGCUUGGGCACUGUGUUUACCAGUGGAUCUGGUAAACCACCAUAAAUUCGGUGUGCUUUAGCCCAUGGGUCUUUUGCCUUCUGUCCCAGACCCUCAGCUCUUUCAGAUGUCAAGCAUGCUCUGUCAAGCUCUCUGUCUCUCUUCUCAGUACAUCAGACUUCUGUUUGUGUGCUGGAUAUGACUGGGAAGCAGGCAUGUAACCUAGGGUUGCACAAGAGAUUUUAAGAUAGAUGACUAAAUGACGGAGAUAAAUUUACACAUUUCAGUCAGUGUUUCCACUGGGUUCCUGGCCAGCUUUUGAUGUAAUCAACUGACAUUGAAAUACCUGCAUAUCAAAACACAUUGCUAAUGUAACAUCAUGACAAAUAAAUUGCCUUUAGAGCAUGUCAGCAGAAACUGCUCAAUAAGCUGGACACAAGCAUAUCCCACCUAUUCAGUGCUCUUCAGUCUUUGAUGCAGAGAUGCCUGGGAUGGACAGCUGUCCAAACUAGUAACUGAGAAGACUCUAGACUAUGAAACCUGCUGUAGGUUUGUGCCAGCAAGAUGACAGAAGUUUAGUUGUUUUGGUUUUUGUUUGGUUUUUCUUUUCUUUGUCAGCCUUAUAACGUAGAAUCUGCAUCUGUUGCAAUGUACUUGCAUUGAAAAUACUCCUGGUUUGGCAAACUGGUAGGUCAAAGCCUCUAGGCAGCUGUUUAUUUUUAUGCAUCUAUUUUUCUGCAGCAGUUUGUCAUGUGCCUCGCUAUCUCUGUUUUGUAUCUGUCUGUAUGUUAAUUAUGGUACAGACCUUAAUUUUAUACGCUGUUACAGCUGCCCUAUCUAGUCCCUGUGCUAGAUGCUGGGAAAUAGAAUAGUCAGAUAGUGCUGGAAUCAAAGUUGAGUUUUGUUUUGUUUUGUUUUGUUUUGUUUUCUAACAUGUUUUCCUAGUGGUUUUGGCAUGUGUUUGUACAGAAAGUGUGUGUAGUUAACUGUGCAGUGAGAGCCAAACCAGAGGUGUUUAAGUUCUCACCUGCCUGGGCUGUGGGGUUGAGGUUUCUUUGGUCCUUUAUGACUGGGGCGCUGGGAGUGACGCUGAAUGCAUUGUGGGAACACAGCUCAAUUUUGUUUAUAUAAAGUAUGGUCAAAGCUAACAUGGAAUCCAGAGAGGGCUCUCCUCCUGCUUGAACUGAGCAACCAGAAGAGUUACAAUUUCUGUGGAAAAACGGGGUAAAUCUGUUUGCCACAAGCAGAAAACAAAAAGAUGUUUUCAUGAAAUGUGUUUUUAUUUAAAAUACCUUCUUGGUGCAUAUAUGAGCACUCUAGUUAUGACUGUAUUGCUGUGUGCUAGAGAAAAUAAACCACUGAACCAAAGGCUGGG